AUGGUAUUGCGGAAUAUAUUUGACCCAAUACUUAUUAUGAGCCAAAUUGUAGCAGUUCAGUCGUUAUUUUAUUUGAGUGAAACAGCAUUAGUAUUAUUUUUGUUUGUUAUUUCAAGAAAACAAGUUUCUCUUGAUUAUAUUUUUGAUUUCCACAAAAUAUCGCUUGAUAAUACAGAAUCACUUGUUGCAGGCCUUAUCUGGGAUAUUAACAGUAUAUCUGGUACUGAUUUUCAGUAUAGUAUUCUUAUUCUUUUUUUUGUGAUUAGAAGGACUAAACAAGUACUUGAUUUUACAUUGACGAUGCAUUUUAUUCAUUUCAUUAUUGUCUUUUUUUAUUCUGGACAUUUUCCGUCCAAUACUUAUUGGUGGGUUGUUCAGAUGAUUAGCUGUGUUUUCAUGUGUUUGGGUGGUGAGUGGAUGUGUAUGCAGCGAGAACUAAAACCUAUUACAUUUGGGAGUGGCUGGCAGAGUCUUUCCAUGGUAGAAUCUGGUUUACAUACUGAGCUGUAUGAACUUGAUAAGAUUGAAGUUCAGAAACAUAUGGAAAUAGUGCAUUAA